AUGGCGUCGCCCCCGCUGUCGGCGGCGGGCGGGAGCGGCGGCGAGCUCAGCUCGGGCUCCGAGGCGGCGGCCACGGGCGCGGCGCUGCCGGGCCGAGACCUGUCCUCGCUCUUCGAGCAGGCGGCCGAGCGGCUCCCCUCGCUGCUGCCCGCCGCCAGCAAGGAGCAGCUGCUCUACCUGUACGCCCGCUACAAGCAGGUGAAACUUGGAACCUGUAACACCCCCAAGCCAGGCUUCUUUGAUUUUGAGGGAAAACAGAAAUGGGAGGCUUGGAAAGCCCUGGGAGAUACCAGCCCUCACCAAGCCAUGCAGGAGUACAUCGCUGCCGUGAAAAAACUCGACCCCAGUUGGAAUCCACAGACAACAGAGAAGAGGGGAAAGGAAAGCAAAACUGUAUUUGGAGGCCCAGUCAUCAGCUCAUUAUAUCAAGAAGAAGAAAUAAUCAGGGAAGAGGACAAGAACAUUUUUGAUUACUGCAGAGAAAACAACAUUGACUAUGUAACCAAAGCCAUUCAAUCAAAAAAAGUGGAUGUGAAUGUCACAGAUGAAGAGGGCCGAGCUCUGCUCCACUGGGCGUGUGACAGAGGACACAAGGAGCUGGUUUCAGUUCUGUUGCAGAACGCUGCCGACGUGAACAUCCAGGAUGGGGAAGGGCAGACUGCACUCCAUUAUGCUGCCACCUGCGAGUUUUUGGACAUCGUGGAGCUGCUGCUGCAGUCGGGAGCCGACCCCAGGCUGCGGGACCAGGAGGGCUGCCUGCCCGAGGAGGUGACGGACUCCAAAGCCAUCACUUCGGCUCUGCAGCAGCACGGCACCGGCGAGCCCUGAGUCCCCGGGGCACAGAGAGGCUCUGCAAUAACACCUCUAUCCCCCUCCCCUCCCUGCUGCCCUCCCCAAACACCCCGGGGCUUCGAGGGGACCUUUCAAAGCACAGGGUCUGGUUGGGCUCUCCAGCACGAGGGCCAAGCGCAACCCUGAGCAGGAUGGCAUCAGAGUUUGGCGUGCUCUGACGUUUAUCAGUAUUUGGCGGGGAGGGGGAGAGGGGAGAGGGCCUGGAAGAGGCGCCAGGUAUUAUUUUAAGGUUUCAAACACGAGUACUGUAUGGGCUGUCUCACCAGAGCAGCAUGGGCUGACCAGUCAGCUCCUCCAUGGGGAUGCAGGGCCAGGUGAGAUGCUCAUCUCUCCCAUUCAGGUUGAAUUUUGGUUGGGUUGGUUUUUUUUUCCCCCCCCUGGGUCCAAACAAAUAAUAUAAAUAAAAGCACAGUGUUGGGAU